UUGACUGUUUGUAAUCACCGGUUGUUAUGCAUGUGUUUAUAUUUGUUGCUCUGAAAAGGAAGAUGCGUUGUUUUUAAGAUUUUUUUAUAGAAUUUGAUCUGAAAAUAUUUAACGAAAGCUCAUGAAAUGGCAGAUGUGACUGUGGAAGUAGAAGAUUCAGUAAUUUACUAUUGUCGUGAAAAGUUGUUCAGAACCAUGCAAAUUGCUGCAGUUCAAGGCAUGAACAGACAUUCUGGGGAUCCUAUAUAUAAACUUUAUUAUUAUAUUUCUCUAAUUCACGAAGCUCGAGACUCUGAAGCUACAGAUGGCCUAGCGGAGAUAGCAAAUUUUCCUAGUGUGUCUUUGGCAUGUACAAUUCUGUUAUACCAUUUACGAAAUGGUUUCAUAAAUUUUGAUCAAGUAUUUAGUUCACAAGUUGUUAAAGAUAAACGUUCUAAUGCAGGAGACAUAGCAAUGUAUAUUGCUGGUGUUGUUAUGAUUCUACUUAAUAAACCAGAAAAGGCUCGGCCCUUAUUUAUACAGCCUUCACUAACAGGUUCUGAUUCAUUACGUAAAAGGACUUCAAUUCUCUUAGGAUGGAUUGAACUUCUGGCAUAUUAUGAACCAUCAUCAAAGGAAACAUUAAAAUAUUUUGAAAAUGCUGAUAAUUCAUCACCGGAAGUUGUAUUUGGUCAUGCAAAGUACUUUGAGAAAGAAGGAAAUUUUAUUAAAGCUUUAGAGCACUUAAGUCAGGGUAGUGUUUUGUUUCCUAAUUAUCCACCAGUUUUUAUUGAAAAGAUGAAAAUUCAUGUAACCUUAAAAGAUUGGGAUGAGGCAAUGCUUGCUGCAGAUAGGGCUUUAUUUUUAGAUGAGAAUUGUAUAGAAGCUUUGAGAUUUACUGUCAUUCAUAUGUUAACUCAGGGGGCUGAAUCUGAAGAGAUUGAAGAAAAACUUAAAACAUUGUUCUUUACAAUGUCAAAAGGUGAACCAAGGAAUUCAGACCUGUUUUGUGAAACAGCUCAACUUAUUUCAGGGUUGUCUGGAUUGCAUAAGCCUAUUCUGGAAUAUACUUAUUCUAUGGCAAGAAAUGCAUGUGACUUCAAUCCAACUGAACCUGAUACAAAUGCUGAAUUUGGUUACCAGUGUCUGCAUUUACGCAAAUUUAAGAAAGCUCAAGCUAUUUUUGAAAACCAUGCAUGUGAAAGAUCUAUAUCAGGUUUCUUGCUGUGCUUAGUUUAUCAAGAGGAAAUAGAGAAAGCAGUUGAACACAUUAAAAUAUACCAGCAACUUCAGACUGAAAUGAAACCUGAUGUAUUGUACUUGCAUGCUUUUGUGGAGGACAAAGUAAAGGGUUCUUCAGACACAAUAGUGGAUUAUUUAGCUAAAUCUCUGAAAUUGUAUUUAGAAUCUCUCAAGGAUAUUCCGUGGAGUAUAUCUUUUUAUCGUCUACUGCAACCUAAGUUUGUUCAUGAUGUCUUUAAAUUAUUUAUUAUGCAUAUCCCCCACAAG